CAGACUCGAAGGGACAGAAGAGACGACUGCCUAGGUCCGUUGCUGGCAUUGGCAUCUGCACGCUACCUCCGUCUACGUACAGUUGCGAAGAAACAAAGAGACAUGGCGGCAACACAUGCUGCGCUGAAGGCAUUCGGUGGCUGUCAUCUACAAUCGUCAAUACAUAGGCAAUCGUCAAAUGUUGAUGCGUCUUUGGAUUUACAGGCUUCAACGAGUGGGCGAUUCUCCGCACCUUUUCAGAAUGACAAAAAGACUCGAGGGUCUGCCAGGACUUGGUCUCCCUGGAGGGACAAUAUCCCUCUGACCAGCAAGAGAGAGUUGCUACUACAUGCUAUGGGCAGGAAAGGGCGGUGUCAGUGUAAGCAGGCUGGUUUGCCAUGGCCCUAUUCUCGACCUCUCGGCCAGCAGCGCAGGGACUUCCUUGCCUGGUGCAUAGCUGCUCUGGUGGGGGGGCAAGUAGGGACAGCAUGUGGAUCGGACAUGGGGGCAAAAUCAGGGGCUCUGGCGAGCAGCGCUGUGUGUCAGCAGCCGGUUGUCCAGGGGCCGGUGGAGGUCAGCGUCAUCCCGCGCUGGUCUGGAGUGGACGCUGGGCACAUUAUUGAGGAUGGCGGGUAUCCUCCAACAGUGGUCGCAGCACCGGGGCGGAGAGUAGUUGCGUCUGGUGACUUUCACGGCGACAUGCGGGCGGCACGGCGAGCCCUGCAGCUGGCGGGUGUGCUGAGCCAGGACCAGCAGGACCGGUGGACGGGGGGCAGCUCCGUGUUUGUCCAGGUGGGGGAUGUCUUGGACCGGGGGGACGACGAGAUUGCCAUCAUGUCACUGCUGGCGCACCUCAGCCGCCAAGCCAGCGCAGCCGGAGGGGCCCUCUACCAGGUUUGUGGGAAUCACGAAACAAUGAAUGUGUAUGGCGACUUUCGAUACGUGACUGAGGAGGGGUUCAAGGAGGGCGAUUGGUUUGACCGGUGGGCCCGCGAGAACUAUGGCGGCGACCACAUGGCCGCCUUCCAGAGCUGGUACAAGGAGGCGCCCCUUGCCAAGCAGCAGCUGAAGCGGUCGCCCAGUGCGUCAUGGAACCCGCUGCUGGCCAACAGGCCCCGUAGGGUGCGGCAGGAGCUGUUUGAGCCGGGGGGUCCGCUGGCGCGGGUCAUGGCCGGCUACAGCGCUGUGCUGCAGGUCAACGACUCGCUGUUUGCGCAUGGGGGGGUCCUCCCGCACCACGUUGACUACGGGUUGGAGCGGCUGAACCGCGAGGUGUCGCGCUGGAUGCUGGGCCACACGGACCGCGUCACAGGAGAGCCGCAGGAGCAGCCCUUCCUGGCCACGCGCGGCUACAACAGCGUCAUGUGGUCACGCCUCUACUCCCGCGAAGAGUACGACUCAGGGGCGGAGCGUGACCAGGUGUGCAUGACGCUAUCCAAGGCCCUGCGCAUGGUCCCCGGGGCCAAGCGCCUCAUCGUGGGGCACACGCCGCAAGAGACAGGGGCCAACAGUGAGUGCAACGGUCGCAUCUGGCGAAUAGACGUGGGCAUGUCCAGCGGCAUCCUGCAAGCUGCCCCGCAGGUACUCGAGAUUUCUGGGAGCGACGUCCGGGUACUCAGCGAGGAGACUGGCCGCGACUUAUGGUUGGCAUCGUACAUAUAAGUCUAACAAUCACCAAUGUUUGAGUAACCUCGCAAUCUGCUGGCGUAAAAUUGUACUUCUAAAGUGUACAACCUUCAUGAGGCACUCAAUUUGUAAAUAGUUUUCGAACUGCAGCUUUACAGAGGGGGAAUUAGUUGCCACUGCGGGUAGGAUGCGGUCAGAAAUUACUGAUUGGAUCGGGCGCCAGCUCACGUGUUGACGGGUUGAAGUUCUUAAAUAAGGGGAAAUUAUGGGGUAUUUGUGUUACAUGCUCCAACCCCAGCUACAUGGAACUUCCUGAUUUGUAUACAACUUCCGAGAGGAUUCUGUAAGUCAAGAAUACUGUUCUUUGAAAGGUGACGGGAAGUAACUCUUAGGUUCCAACGUUGACCCUCAUGAUCAUUUUUGCCAUGAGAACCUAUGGCCUAUUUUUGGCUACGGCGCA